AUGUCCUGCGGUGAAGCCAAGCUCAACCACCCAGCUCCCCACUUCAAUGAGGUGGCGCUGAUGCCGAACGGAACCUUCAAGAAGGUGGACCUCGCCUCUUACAAGGGUAAGUGGGUGGUGCUGUUCUUCUACCCCCUGGACUUCACCUUCGUGUGCCCCACGGAGAUCUGCCAGUUCUCAGAUCAUGUGAAGGAGUUCACAAGCAUCAACUGUGAGGUCAUUGCCUGCUCCAUGGACAGCGAGUUCUCGCACCUGGCAUGGACAAAUGUUGAGCGCAAGAAGGGAGGUCUUGGCAAGAUGGAGAUCCCCAUCAUCGCAGACAAGACCAAGUCGAUCAUGAAGGCAUACGGUGUGCUGAAGGAGGAUGAGGGUGUGUCAUACCGCGGCUUGUUCAUCAUUGACCCGAAGCAGAACCUGAGGCAGAUCACCAUCAACGACCUUCCGGUGGGCCGCAACGUUGAGGAAGUCCUCCGCCUCGUGAAGGCAUUCCAGUUUGUGGAGGAGCACGGUGAGGUGUGCCCUGCCAACUGGAAGCCUGGCUCCAAGACGAUGAAGGAAGAUCCAGUGAAGUCACAGGAGUACUUCAACAGUGUUUCCUAG